AGCUCCACAACAAUAGCAACAACAAACAAAGAAAAAACUGUGAAAAUAUACAGCCAACAAAGCACACACCAUUUUCGCCCUGGACUUCAGCUACACUUCCACAGUUCAAAGCUCUACUCUUUUUCCAUGGAGGCCAGGGUUUCUUCCGGGGUUUUAACCAAAACUCAAUCCCCCUUUUUAAGCCCUUUACGUGGAAGAAAACUCCAAUCUUUAAGAAACAUGUCUACUUUGCCUAAUACCAUACAUAACCAUCAAUUCUCAAAUGCUUCCCUUUAUCUUCGCUCAACUUUUUCUAGCAGAACUCAUGGUUUCAAACAGGCGAUUAAAGAUGAUUCUCGCGAGUUCGAAUUGUCAUCAUUAACCGCAUUGUCACCUUUGGAUGGUCGUUAUUGGGGUAAAGUGAAAGACUUGGCUCCCUAUAUGAGUGAAUAUGGGCUUAUUUACUUUAGGGUUCUUGUUGAGAUUAAAUGGUUGCUGAUGCUUUCACAAAUUCCUGAAGUCAUUGAGGUUCCAAGCUUUAGUGCAGAGGCUCAGUCUUAUUUGCUAGGACUCAUUGAUGGAUUUAGCAUGGAUGAUGCCUUGGAAGUUAAAAAAAUAGAGAGAGUAACUAACCAUGAUGUAAAAGCAGUCGAGUACUUCUUGAAACAGAAAUGCCAAUCACAGCCAGAAAUUGCCAAGGUCCUUGAAUUUUUCCAUUUUGCUUGCACAUCCGAGGACAUAAACAACCUUGCCCAUGCAUUGAUGUUGAAAGAAGCAAUGACCAAAGUCAUGUUUCCAACCAUGGAUAAAUUGGUUGAGGCAAUAUGUAAGCUGGCUAAGGCUAAUGCAAGUGUUUCUAUGCUUUCUCGCACGCACGGCCAGCCAGCUUCACCUACAACCUUGGGAAAGGAGAUGGCCAUUUUUGCUGUUAGGCUAAGCAGAGAAAGGCAAGAAAUUUCUCAAGUCGAGAUGAUGGGAAAAUUUGCUGGUGCAGUUGGAAACUACAAUGCCCAUAUUGUUGCAUAUCCUACUGUUAUUUGGCCUCAAAUCGCAGAACAGUUUGUGACUUCUCUUGGAUUAAAGUUUAACCCCUAUGUUACUCAGAUUGAGACCCACGAUUAUAUGGCAAAACUUUAUUAUGCAAUUAUCCGGUUUAAUAAUAUAUUGAUUGACUUUGACAGAGAUAUAUGGGGAUACAUAUCUUUAGGAUACUUUAAGCAGAUAACCAAGGCAGGUGAGAUUGGUUCAUCAACAAUGCCUCAUAAAGUAAACCCUAUUGAUUUUGAAAACAGUGAAGGUAAUCUUGGUAAGGCUAAUGAAGACCUAACUUACCUGAGCAUGAAGUUGCCUAUUUCUCGUUGGCAGCGAGAUUUGACUGAUUCGACAGUCUUGAGGAACAUGGGGGGAGGACUUGGUCAUUCCCUUCUUGCUUACAAAAGUGCGCUGCAAGGAAUAGGAAAGCUCCAGGUCAAUGAAGCUCGGUUAAGUGAAGACUUGAACCAGGCAUGGGAGGUACUUGCGGAGCCAAUUCAGACUGUCAUGCGUAGAUAUGGUGUUCCAGAGCCUUACGAGAAGCUGAAGGAGCUAACUAGGGGGAGAGCAGUUACCAAAGAAAGUAUAAGGGAAUUUAUUGAAGGCUUGGAAUUACCCGAAGAAGCUAAGACUCAUCUUUUGAAGUUAACGCCACAUUCCUACGUGGGUGCAGCCGUUGAAUUAGCCAAGACUGUAGAUUCAGCUGUGAACGUGAUAAACGGUUCUGAGGUCUUGGAAACAUGUCGUUGAAAGAAUUAGCCAAGAAACCUAGUCAUAUUGUUGCACCAUAUGAGACUGGUUAAGUAUUAAGAUGAUAAAUGUGGUAGCUAUUCUUUGAAAAAAACAAAUUCAGAAAGGGUACAAGGUGAGACAAAUCCCUACUGCUGGAAGUGAUUAUCAUGUCAUGUUCAUAUGGUGGCAACUCUGAGCUGAGAUUUUUGUAAGCAAUCUUAAUAAUGAAAAUUAACUUGAAAUUGCUGUCA